ACAGUCCUCCCUUCAGCUGGUAAUGGACUUGUGACAGUGCUGGACUUCACGAACCUCGAAUCUGAAGGUAAGCCUGUCACUGGGCACCUGCAGAUUCUCUGCUUGUGCCCUCAGUGUUGUCUGUUGCUAUUCCUGGUCCUUCUCUGAUUUUAUUUUCAGUCAUGUGAUGCAACAGAAGAGUCUGUUGGGCUGUGCCAAAGCCAAAAGACAACCUACAGCAAUUCUGGUCGUGGAAAGACAUAGCAACCUUUGGGAUUAUUGCUUAGCAACUGCAAACACACAGAGGAGUAAAACUCACAGCCCAGCUCCACAGCAGGGCUGAGAGAUCCCUAAUUCACUUGAAGAUUUUUAAUGGUGGAGAACAGAUGGGCAUGUAUUAAAUUCCUCUUGAUUUGCAAAGCCACUUUGAAUGCAGGAGGAAUAAGAUCUAUUUUGAUACCUGCCUCAAAGUGAUUGAGGUAUGGCUGCUCAUCCAGAAGAAUCAGCACAACCUGCAGGUCUGCAACAUCCCAAACUUGGACAUGAGGAGGGAGCUGCCACAGAAAUGGAAAGCAAUCAGGGGGAUGAUGAACAGCCACGUCUUAGUAAUUACUCUUCGUGGAAAGAGUGUUUUUUUGAAAAGGUACAACAAAGGUGUCUGAGUCUGCAGGAGACAAAGGCAAGUGUGAUUGGAGCACAAAAGGCAGAAGAAGAAAAGAUAGAGAAGAGAGAGCCCUGUGACUCACUGGCCAGAGAGUGGUACAGCGAAGAGAGGGAGACACUCGAUACUCGCAUCUAUUUGCUUGACAAACUCCUACCUACAUUAAUCCCAGGAGUAGAAAAUCUGUUAAUGGAAGUGGAAAGAAAGCACGUGCUUGUAUCAGACAAAGACCCAGGCACAUUUGACCCCAUUAAUUAUCUUGCAGAAUAUCUGAUGCGACAUAACCCUCUGUACGGUGUUUCUCCAAAGCCGGGCCCGUACGUGAGAGGAAUGAAGAUAGUGGCGGAGGAGCUCAAAUCUUUGAUGCGAGGUACAACGUCAGAGAGGCUGGUCAAGAUGAAGGCUGAGGCAAAGGAAAAACGUGAGGCCAGGGAGGAGAUGGAAAGAAAGCAAGCUGAGGAGAGAGGGAUGAGAAAGGAGGCACUGACAGUUCUGUUCAAAGAGUGGACGGUGGAUGGCAAGGACAGAAUACCAGUGGCACUGGUUCAGAGUGCCCUGAGGUCUUUUCCAGAUGUCACUGAUUCUAUUCCCGAAAAAAUGAGAAAAGCAAUCCAGGACAGGAAGCUGAAAAUCUUAAACACAUUGGAAGAAACAGCAAACCUACAUGAGUUCUCAGAGUUCGUCCUUUCCUACACAGAGCAUGUUCCGAGUGACACAUUCCAGGAAAUCAUGAAAUAUCUCCAUCAGUGUGGGGAGGACUUCCAGGAAGCAACACAACGAGCUAUGUGGAGGCAAAAUUUUAGUGAUCUCUUCCAAGAGUGUGACUCUGGAAAGGUUGGUGUCUUGGAUAGACAAAAAACACUGGCCCUGCUGAGAGAGUUCUAUGACAGAAGCCCUGUGGCUGAAAAGAGGGAAUUGUGGAACCCCAGACACUGGCCAAUAAUUAAGUUGCAAGAGAUUGAUCUUGCGGAUUUAUGGGGAGGCCGUGAUGACCAAGCAGCAGAGCCGAGUGAUGCUGAAGUGAGCAAGGAAGGUGAGGAUGCUGUGUCAGAGGUGAAAGGCACUGCAUUUGAAGGUGGUGACUUGGAUGGAGGUACCACACACAGAGAGGAACCCAGCUCCCAGGAAGACAUCAAAACUGAGAAGGAAGAUGAGCCUGGAAGUGCAGAGAGACAGGACGAAGCUUUCCCAGGAUCAGCCUCUGAUGGACACAACCUCAGUAGGGAUGGAGAACCUGGACCUGAAAUACAGGUGGAGGAAGAGGAAUCAAGCCUGGGUAGAGAGCCUGAGACAGAAACAAAAAGUGAAGGAGACAGAGAUGUGGCAGACAGGGAUGUCACUGGUUCAGAACAGGGUGCUCCAGCUGCAGAGGCUGUGGAAGAAACCCCUGCAGGAAAAGGGAGUUUUUCCAAGCAGCACAGCAGCCAGUUUGACCAACAGACAAGCUCUGAGACAAGGCUGCAGGAUGGUGACCCUCUGCAUGACCAGGACUCAGGUCCCAGCAUGGCAGAGGUUCAGAACCGUCGGGCUUCUUGUACUCGGAGUUCCCCUGGUGCAAGCUGCCUCACCCAGCCACAGUUUGUACAGCUCAUGGAGACGUUUGUUGGUCAGGACAGUUCUCUGCCUACUGUGGAGAGGCUCAUUAAAUUUAUCAAAGAAGAGUACAAACAGACAGAGGAGGAAAAAAUGGAACAACUAGAAAAGGGUCACCGCGAGUCUCGGGCGGCCCAACGGAAACUGCUUUUGGAGGCACUGUUUGAAAAGUGGGACAGCAAUGGACAUGGGUUUCUGGACCUGGAAGAGGUGGAUGCUGUUCUGAGCAGAUUCAUGGGAGGCACGAAAAAAGAGGCCUUGCUGAAGGCAAAGACACGCCUUUGCUCCCGAUACCCCCAGCUCGGCAGAGUGGAGAAGUUAUCCCCAAAGGCAUUCCAGACCUUCCUUGAGUUAAUUGCUUCUGAGUUCUCUGGCAAUGAGGAUGAAGCUUUUGAUAACUUGGUGACAUUUCUGACCACAAGUGUGGAGCAAAGCCAUAGGGAGACCUUGCAAAGCCUCACCAGGAGGAAAUGGCUGCAGGAUAUCCAGCAAGCGGCUGAGAGCGGCAGAGCAAGCAUGGAAUCGGUGUACAGGGCAGUGUUUAAGGCCAUCUCCCAGGACGCAGAAGCCCAUGGGGGUAACAAGAAGAUCAGUGCCUACAUUGCCCUUCUGGAAGAGAGCCAGCUCCCAGCAGAGCUGGGCCGGCUCCUCCUGCGCUACGUGGCCUGCACUGUGGACGAUGCUCCCUACGUGCUGAACCAGGCACUUCACAGGGACAUGAAAGGAGUAAGCUUUGCAGCUGUUGAUGAAGGAAAGCCAAUCCACGUUCCAAGAGUUCAGCUCCACGGAAAUAUCCAUUUCUGGAACUCGGACCGCCCAGUGGAGGAAAGGAAAGGUUCUCUCCUGGUGCUGCCCCUGUACGAUGCUCGCUGGAGAGUCUUUGGCAUUCUGGGACUUGACACUCUUCAGGACCCAUGUGAGAAAAACAUCUUUCUGACCCAUGAGAUCCUUUUCUACCAGGGAGUCUCCCAUGCAUUCAGCAAAGCCUACCACCAUAUCUGCACACGGGAGAAUGUCCUACAGAUGGCUGUUUCUGCUCUGGGCUGGUUGUAUCCCAGGACACCCAGCAUCCACACUGUCACCAUGUACCUGGUGGAGCCUGGCAAAGACAAGGCUCUGUGCAAGAUGAUCACUACAGAUAACACAGGACAAAAAGAAAUCCAUAGCUCUCCUGCUCUUCUCCUCAGAGAAGAAAACCUCCUAAGAGAUUACCUGUUCAGAUGCACAGACAGUUUAGAGGUUGCUCUCACUCCUGUCCGUGGAGAACAGCACAUUGCAGUACCUCUCCAUGACCUAUCAGGACAAGCUCUGGGCAUCUUUGAUAUCAGCAUUGGACACCACAAGAAAUUACCACCUCAGGAACAGAAAGACCUGCAGAAAAUGCUAAAGAUGGUCCAAGCUGCCUGCUUGGAGAUCCUGUGGAGGUCUUUAGAGGAAACAGAACCAACCUAUGUGCUGGAGGCAGAGCGGGUGGCAAAUGUGAGGCACCCGGGGUUUCUGUUCCACCGGUUCCUGCUGCAGGACCUGCGCGAGUGUGUCCGGAAAGUCGGUGCCAAGAGCUUUGCUGGAGUAAAGAGCUGUGCAGAACCCCCAGCUCUGGUACACGACGUAAUUAAGGCUGUGCUGUUGCUUUUGCAUCCAGACUGGAAGGGCUCAGAGGAGACCGAGAACUGGAGUCAAUGUAAACUGAAACUUGAUGACAAUUUGAUUCAGGAGAUUUAUUGCUUUGAUCCAACUGCUGCAUCUGUGCAAAUUCAAGCAGAGCUGCUGGACUGCAUCACUGGUGUCCCUCGAGCGGUGGUGUGGCAGCAGGGCUGUGCUCCAGCCGAGUACCUGUACCACUGGGUUCACACCUGCCUGGCACUCGCAGAGAUCACAAGGAGCCAACACAGUGAAAAAACCCAUCCUUAGUUCCUUUUGGCAUAAUUUUUGUGUGCCUCCAACUAAAUCUCCUAAUUCGUCAUCUAACCCCAGCGAUUCUAGUAUUUCACAAACUUUUAAAUUUAAAUUAACUGUUGUUUUUCUAUUUUCUUAUGCAUAGCCACUAAGUAUUUGUUGUUAAGAUGGUUGAAGUUUGUUGGGGGUUAUUAGUCAAAAUGAUAGGAAGUCUGUUAAGGAUUAUCAAGAAAAGCAAUAAAAACAUAAAGGAAAUAAUUUUGCUAAUAUAGCUACUGAAUUUAAAGACUUGAUUAAAGUUUGGGGGAUUUUU